ACUUUGAACUCAUACCGCACCACCAUCUUCAUCUUCAUCAGUGUCAGCCCUGCGGUGACGUCACUGAGGGGUUGGAGCCGCAGCAGCGAGGCGCGCGGACACGGCCCAGGUGAAGGCACGAGCCUGAAGUCCGCAGGAAGAGCAGAAGAAGAAGAAGAGGCGGGAGGAGGAAGAGGCUCGCGCCGAUUUUCCAGGAAACUCGUUUGUCCGCAUCACUCCUCCUCUUCCUCCUCUUCCUCAGCAGCGGACACAGUCUCCCGCGCGAGCAGCUGAUCGAGGACAGGAGCGGAAGAAGAGCAGGCCAGGAGGAGGACCAGCUCGACCAGAACCAGAACAGAACCGGGUCCGGAGAGCAUCAUGGAGAGCAAAGAGAAGGCGGCAGCUCUGUUUAACCUGAUCCCAGUGGGUCUGAGGGUCGUGGCCAUCCAGGGAGUGAAGGUCGGGCUCUACGUGGCCAUGAACGCCGAGGGAUUCCUCUACACAUCAGAUGUCUUCACAUCAGAGUGUAAGUUUAAGGAGUCCGUGUUUGAGAACUACUACGUCAUCUACUCGUCCACGCUGUACCGGCAGCACGAGUCGGGUCGGGCCUGGUUCUUGGGUCUUAACAAGGAAGGGAUCAUCAUGAAGGGGAACCGAGUGAAGAAAACCAAACCCUGCUCGCACUUCGUCCCCAGACCCAUAGAAGUCUGCAUGUACAAGGAGCCGUCCCUGCACGAGCUCGAGGAGAAGCUGCUGAAGUCAUCACGAAGCCCGACGCUGAACAGUGGCCGAGCCAGGAGCCUCGACCGACCGGUGCGGCAGGCCGCCGACUCCUCCACAGAGCGGGAGGCGUCGUAGCCUGCAGCGUCCCCCGCAGGAGGAGGUUGAAAAGAAGGAGAACUCCCAUUUUACUCUCCUUCUGCUCAGCAACUACAGCCACUCAACAACCACCAACGACGACAACGAAGAAAAUAAAGUAAAAAGAAGCCUAAAAAAGAAAAAUUGGGAAAAGUUCUUCUUGCUUGUGAAGAAAUAUUUUAAGUCGGCGAGGGACGGGCGAGGGGAGGGAAAGAAUCAGGACAUUCAUGAUGGAGAUUUACAUUUUAUGCAAAAAGUCCUGCUGAAAUGGUGCCAGGAGGCUAGCACACCUACUCUUCAUCAACACAUUGUAAUCAUCAUUUCCUUCACAAAAAUGACAAAAUGUUUGCCGAGUCGAGCGAGCGCUGAGAACUCCAAAGCUUUAAGCCAUCUAGAAACUUCACUUCCUGUCCUUUCUUAAUGAAUGCAGAAACUGUCGCACUUUUCACACGCUGUGCUUCUUCUUAUUUGUCCAGUCAGGAGGAGCAGAGUCUGUUUUGCCUCCUUUAGCUGCUACAUCUUGUUUGAUUCUUGUUGAGUUUUUAUGGGAUGGAGACAACUUGUUUUGGGUUUAUUCACAGAUACUGCCAAUUUAAACAGAAAAAUGUCCAGAAGAGAACAAAUCCAGACAGGCUCUUUGUUCUGUCCAGAACCGGACUGCUUACUCU